CCGCAGAACAGAAGAAGGGCUUGGCUACACUCUUUCCUAACGUUGUCCCAGCAAACCUUUGUCUGUAUCUGUCUAGGGUUUAUAGGGCUAUCGUGUCCUGUCGUCUCGCACAGUUCUUCUCCGAAGCAAUCAAGCAUGCAACUGACUGUUGAGUUCGGCGGUGGAUUGGAGCUCCUUUGCGACUCAGUUAAGGUUCAUACUGUGAAUGUUGAAGUACCAAAUGGAGCCCAAAAGUUAACCAUGAGAGAUUUUCUCACAUGGGUCCAUAAGAACUUGAUCAAGGAGAGACCCGAAAUGUUCAUCAAGGGUGAUACAGUGAGACCUGGUGUCCUGGUCCUUGUGAAUGAUUGUGAUUGGGAGCUCAGCGGACAACUGGAAACCACACUUGAAGAAAAGGAUGUCGUAGUUUUUAUCUCGACUUUACACGGUGGAUAGUGUUUUUACUAUAUGAUUCAGUUACUGAAUAUAGAGGUGCUGUUACUAGUGCGAAACUUCUAAGGGCCGAGAAUUGUAUGAUCUGUCUGUGAACCUUACUGCAAGAAAUACAAAUCGGAAAAAAGCCCGUAUGAAAUUGCUUGUGGCAUUCAA